AAAAUCAGUUGUUAUCAAUGGAGCAUAGAAAAUUCGCUGACUGUGCAUGAAGUGAUAGAAAUCAAAAAUAUAUUGCUCACAGAUUAGAUGCAGAAAAAAUGAAUAAAAUUUUUUGCAUCAGUAGGCAAGGCAGUAUUUCCGCCGGAAGAAACAAUUAUUUUACCCAUCUCAUUCGCUGCUCGAAGCAAAGAAAUUUUGCUAACACGGCAGGAAAGCCUCAACGGAAACAUCAUUACUUUGGUCUCGGAUUACUUGGAAUUUUUACAGGUUUUGUCACAUAUGAUGGCGUGGUUAAUGACUUUAUAUACUCUGGAGCUUCAAUACGAUUUUUGCGUUCAGUGAAAACUGCCUCAUUAAUCGCAAUAGAUUAUUUUCUACUCGAACGGCAUGUAGAUGAUUUCGAUUAUGAUUUGCAAUUGAAACAGGUACAUUUAAAAAGUGCUGGGCGUUUGCUUGAAACAUGCUUACUAAAUGGAGGGCUGUAUAUAAAAAUGGGUCAAGGUGUUGCCGCUAUUAAUCACAUAUUGCCAAAGGAGUAUACUAGCACAUUAGAGAAGUUACAAGAUAAAUGCUUGCCCACAACAAAAGCUGAUGUACAGAAAGUUUUCAUUAAAGAUUUUGGUGCAAACCCAGAGCAUAUUUACUGUGAUUUCGAAUAUACUCCUAUUGCAGCGGCGAGCUUAGCACAAGUAUUCAAGGCGAAACUAAAAAGUGGUGAGGAUGUUGCAGUAAAAGUUCAGUAUGGUGACUUACAGAAACGAUUUACCAGUGAUUUGGGAACAAUAAUGUUUCUGCAAGAUAUUAUUGAAAUAUUUUUUAAAAAUUAUAAUUUUGGUUGGAUAUUACGUGACUUACGUAAAAAUUUAGUGCAAGAGCUGAAUUUCGAGAAUGAAGGUCAAAACGCAGAACGAUGCGCUAAGGAUUUGGAGAAAUUUAAAUAUGUGCAUGUUCCGAGCAUUUAUUGGGAAUACACAAAACCGCGCGUACUCACCAUGGAAUGGGUUAAUGGAUUUAAAGUGAGUGAUGUUGAACGCAUACAACUCGAAAAGCUCGACUUAAAAGAUGUAGAUUUAAAAUUGUUUAAUAUGUUUGCUGAGCAAAUAUUUCACACAGGUUUUGUUCAUGCUGAUCCUCAUCCAGGAAAUGUUUAUGUACGAAAAAAUCCAAAAACUGGCCAAGCUGAAUUAGUACUGUUGGAUCAUGGCUUAUACGAGUUUCUACCGGAGUCGGUGCGCUUACCACUUUGUGAGUUCUGGGAGGCGACAGUGUUGAGGGAUGAACAAAGAAUGAAAUCAGCAGCACAAAAAAUAGGCAUAAAUGAUCAUAUGAAAUUUGCAGAAGUACUUUUCCAACAACCUAUACGCAUACAUGGCGGUCGUAUCAAGACAAAAUUGAGCGAAAGUGAUAUUGAAUAUAUUCAACAAGUAGCGAAGAAAAAUUUUGAACUUAUAAUGGGUACAUUAAAAGACAUGCCACGAAAUAUGUUAUUUGUAGUGAGGAACUUAAAUACUGUUCGUGCCAUAGGGCGUCAGCACGGUGAUGUAGUGGAUAGGCCACGUACAAUGGCGAGGUAUGCCCAACAUUGCAUUUACGUCAAAUAUAACUCAAUCCGAAGCUACAUGUUUUGGUUUUAUAGACGGCUAAUUUUCGAAUACAACUUGUGGGCUACUUCAUUUCGAUUAUCAUGCUUCAAUUUGUACCUGAAUAUUUUGUGUAAGCUCAACCGCGCACCAAGCUCAGCGCUAACAUUACUAACUGAUAUUAGGGAACAAAACUUCGAUUGAUAUGGCGGGGAGCUGUUUAUAAUUUUAGCAAAUGUGUACAAAUGGUUUUUUUAUAUGUAUGUAAAUAUGUGCUAGUUUUUGUUAUUUUAACAUAAAUUUUAUCGACCCUUGAAACGUAUGUUAAUAGCGCAAUAUUAUUUUUAGUAAUGCAAAGAUUUUGAAAAUGACAAUAAACCUAUGUAUACCCUUAAAAA